GUACAUUGUUUACAGUCAGUCCGCGUUUUUAUUUGUGCGUUGAGGCAGUAAUUGUUUGUUUGUCGAAAUGGAUUUAAAUACAUUGCUGCAACGUGCACAAAAUCUAGCAAAAGGAAGCGCGGAAUGUGAAUUGCCAGGUGUGGAGAGAACGCUGCAGCAGGUGUUGCAAGCCACAGAACAAUUGCACAGUCGAGUCACCCAAACGGGCGCCAAAGAAAUACAAGCGCAAAUACUGCUGGGAUCCAAGGGCAUUGAUUUGCCUAAACUAAACCAAAAACUCGAGGCGCUUCAAACGGGAAAAACAUUUGAACCAGUGGAAGCUGCCAAUGCCGACACAGAUGUCUCCACAUUUUUGAAGAAUGAACGAGAAAAUGCGAUUCUCUCUGUCAUCGAGGAUACCAACAAGAAUAUUAGCGACUCUGUGAAUAAGCAAAAAUGGGGCAACUUAAUAAGCAACUGGAACGAAGAGAAAACCCGUUUGCUGGAUGCCCUAAUUGCGCCCUCACAGAAUUUCAUAGAUCUGCAGCGGCUGCCCGAACAGAUAAUCCUAAACCCCGACAGCUCUCCUCCUUCCUGUCUGGAUAAACUGAGCUUGAAGUACGCCCAGGAAUUGUGCCAAUACAAUGGACUAGUCUUGAGAGGUCGCCCACGGCCCAAUUUGGUGCAGAGAUUCGCCCAACUAGCUAGCCAGUUUGGCGAUGCACGUCUGGCCGAGAUGUGGAUGUUGCUCGCGUGUGUGACACAAGUGGGUGAAGUACCCACUACACCUUGUGAUCCUAUUAAAAGCCGCCAGCAGCGUCCAGAGUUUGUGCAGCAUGCUAAAACGUAUCUGGAGCGUCGCUACAGACUCUACAUCAGUUCGGUCAUGGUGGCCAGUGCCGAUAGCUAUCAACUGGUGCGCAACUAUGUGAGCCAACGGUUUAACGGACAGCAGAUCAUUGGUUUAGUGGACACAGCCGGUGGCAAACCAUUGUGGCCACUCAUCUAUUAUAGCUUACGUUGCGGCGCCGUCGAUACUGCUGUGGAAUUUCUGCGUGAGGCUGGACCGAGUUGUGAUGAGUUUGCCCAGCUCAUUGCGGAUCGUCAAGCGGGUGUCGUGAACUCGAAAAUCGAGAGUCAACUGAAGCUGCAGUAUGCCAACAAAAUACGCAACACUACGGAUGCCUAUAAGAAGGCCGUCUACUGCAUUUUGCUUGGCUGCGAUACGAAUGAAGUGCAUGGCGAGGUUGCCAAGACCAUUGAUGACUUUCUCUGGAUUAAAUUGGCUAUGCUGCGUCCUGGAGAUGCAGCUGGCUAUAGCCACUUGCAAACCUCGUUUAUUGAAAACUAUGGCGAAAAGUAUUUCAAUGCAAGCCAGCAACCACACCUAUACUUCCAGGCGUUGGCGCUUACCGGUCAGUUUGAGGCUGCUAUUGAAUUUCUUUCCCGCACCGAUGCCAAUCGUGUGCACGCCGUGCACAUGGCCAUUGCCCUCAAUGAGCUGGGCAUUUUGGGUGGCGUGCGCAGCGUAGCUCAGCCUCUGCUCACCAUUGACAUUGCGGAUCCGACGCCUAUGCGUCGUCUGAAUCUGGCGCGUCUCAUUCGCCUCUAUGUGCAGCGUUUUGAGAGCACAGACACCGCCGAGGCGCUGCACUAUUAUUAUACGCUGCGAAAUUUGCAUGAUGCCAAGGGGCGUAACAUGUUUUUGACGUGCGUCUGUGAUCUGGUCGUGGACAGCGGAGUAUUGGACACCAGCAUCUUUGACCUGAUAUUCGGACAACGCAAGACGGGCAUUGUAGCCGAUCAAGAACUCAGUGGCGGUUUAUUUCGACAAUUUAGCUGUCCGGAGUUUGAUACACAAACGAUAGCUGGCUUGGUAGCUGAUGAGCUGGUUGCCCGUGGCAGCUUUGAGAUGGCAGUGCGCUUGUAUGAUAUGGCUGGUAAACUAAACCUGGCACUGAAACAUAUUUCCAUUCUAUUGGCUCAAGUGGUGCAGCAGCCGGCCGUAGAAGGCACAUUGCGUGCCCGGCUCAGCUUGGAGACUGAGCGUUACAGCAAACUGCUUAGUGCACGGAACACGGAGAUUGAACCCAAGAUCCUUAUAAGCUUUUCGUUGCUGCGGGAUCUGCUUAAGUUUUUCGAUAACUACAAUGAAGGCAAGCAUUUGGUGGCGCUAGAGCAGCUCGAUCACACAAGACUUAUACCGAAUAACGUUCAGGAGGUGGAUGAAUGUCUGGUGAACGUUCGUCGUUUAAGUGGUGAGGUCAUCAAGGUAAUACCUGAUGUCAUGGUGGCCGCAAUGGACAUUAUCCAUAUGAAGUACAAGCAGAUGAGAUCGGGCACAGAACCAGUUAGCAUAAUGCAUUACGAGCAAACACAACAGUUGCGUGAACGUGCCAAAGCCAUUGCAAACAUGGCAGCUACGAUGCCCUAUUGUCCCACAAACCAGCGGCUGUUGCAGCUCGAGCUGUUGAUGCAUUGAGAACAGCAAUAAAAAUGCAGAAUUAAA